UACGUUUCACUCGUGACGUCCCAUAGAUAACGUUUGACAAACAGCUUCCAAACCGAAACAGCAGAUAACUUAACAAGUUAAUCGCGUUUUUACGGUGGCAAGAUUCAUAUUCUUCCACUGAUACUACAUGCAGUAGUGCAGGAGAAAAAGACGACGAAGUGUCUGAGCAAGCAUACUCACAUUUAAGGACUGAAGCAAGCUAGUCGUAGUGCUAACUUCGGCUAACAUUAACUAGGUAACGUUAGCUUUGGGCUAACUAACGACGUAGGAACAAAACCUCAACAGAGCGUCAUCAUUGAACAGAGUAAACAGAAUCUAUUGAUAUGGAGAAUAAGUACAAUCUCAAGAGUCCAGCGGUAAAGAGGCUUAUGAAAGAGGCUGCUGAAUUGAGAGAUCCCACAGAGCACUACCAUGCACAACCAUUGGAAGAUAACCUUUUUGAAUGGCAUUUUUCUGUACGUGGGCCUCCAGAUUCUGAUUUUGAUGGUGGUAUUUACCAUGGCAGGAUUGUACUUCCCCCAGAGUACCCUAUGAAGCCACCCAGCAUCAUCCUUCUUACACCCAAUGGAAGAUUUGAAGUUGGAAAGAAAAUUUGUCUGAGUAUCUCUGGCCAUCAUCCAGAGACUUGGCAACCUUCUUGGAGUAUUCGAACUGCCCUUAUAGCCAUAAUUGGAUUCAUGCCAACAAAAGGAGAGGGUGCUAUAGGAUCUCUUGAUUAUACCCCAGAAGAAAGGAGAGUCCUUGCCAAAAAGUCCCAGGACUUCUGUUGUGAGACAUGCGGUUGCUCCAUUCGGACUUCCCUCCUGGCUCUGACUCCCAACAGUAACCCCACUGCAAAGGAUUGCGAGGCUAAAGAAUUGGCUCAGCAAAUCAGUUUCAGGGCCGAGUCCAGUUUGAUGAGACAGGCUAGUGAACGCUGUGCAGAAAGUGAGUCUUCAACCCUCACACAAGAAGACACUUUCACAUCUGCAAGUCAUGAAGUUGCUGACAGGCCACACGCUGAACAGGCAGAAGUGUUUUCAGCAACUGCAGUGGAGGGAACCCAGAUAGCCACUGCCACCAGCUGUGGUCGUCCUCUCAACCCCCGGCAGCGCCACAGCCAGCAGCACAGCCAACUCAACCAGAGAGAUGGUACAGAGUCAGCAACCAACAGAGAGGAUUUUGCCCCAGCUGCUCGCCAGCUUCGAGACGAAAGCCACGCUGGCACUGCACUCCUCGUUGUGGUGCUCACUCUGGCUUUGGCCAUACUCAUUUUCCGCAGAAUCUACCUGACAAAUGAGUACAAGUUUGACUAUGAAUUGUGACAUCAGCCUUGAGUCAUCACAUCCUGCUGCCGUUGCUACAGAACUAAGACAAGCUGAACUGGAUGCAGAGCUGAAGCUCAGGCUCAUUAAAUUUGUGCCCUCCCUGCUUGUCAGAAGGGUCGGGGCAACUUACAUUCUUGUGGAGGAGAUGGUCCAGUCAACACUACAUCUCCAGGGUGUUUUUGAUCAAUGUGAGUUUUAAGUUUCAGAGUGACAUGAAUUUUUAAGAAAGAAGUUUGAGAUCAGUUCAGCAGCCACAACCCUCAUGGCCAUAUUCAUAUAAUUAUUAAGUGGCCUACAUCUGCAACAUCCCAUCAUUUAAUUAAAACUGUAACAUAAUACAGUAUGUCACAUAAUAUAAUACAUAUUGUGUAAUUAUGGGGCUUUGUUACCUCAGCCUACUUGUUUAAUAAUGAAAUCAUCGUUGCAAAGUAUUUGACUUAUUCAUGCGUUAAUCUCUGUGCAUUUUUAUUUUAUUUUUUUUGCAAAUUCAAGUUUGCUUUUAAAACCACAAAUGAAAACUAGAUUAUUAUAUACUAUUUUUUUUUAAAUUUUUGUUUAAAAUGAAAAAGAACAAGUUAACAUCAGACUAAAUUGUUUUGUUCAAGUCAUAUUAAAAGAAAGAAAAGUGGGAGUCAAAAAUCAAAAACAACGGUACUGUAUUUUCUUUAAUUUAGUUUUCUGUAGAGAGCUGCAAAAUCAUUGACAGCUGUAAACAACUUCAUCAUCGUUUUCUUCUUCACCUACAAAUAGGUAACAGUUUUAUAUGAAUCAGAUAAUGUAUGGUUUCUUCUGUAGUUCUCUUUCUUUGGUCUCUUUCCAGAAAAUAAAGGACGAAGGGUUAAUUUA